UCCACAGAGACGGAGGCUGUGGUGUGUAGAGAGGAAGAGUGCUGCUAUGGAGUGCCACUUCACAGACAGUAUGGGACAUCAUCCAACAUCCAACACUCCUCUCCCUUAUCCUCUGUGUGGGUGUGUUUAGCAUAGGGUGAACUGAGAAUAGUUGAAUCUUUCUCCUGGUCACUGGGCUUGGUGUCACUUUUCUUAGAUGGCACUCUAAGCUGGAGAGGCUGGAAUACACACUUUGCUUCAUUCAAAGUGACUCUGCGAAAAGGAGCCCUAAACCUGGCUGCAUUUGCUCUACUUCGCACUACUUUUAGCAUCUGGAGGCAGGAAGGAUGUGAGGGCCUAAAAAGCCCUGCAGUGUCGUCUUCUCCCCUGAAGCACAGCUAGGGAAUGGGCCCGGCCUCUCCUCCCCAGCCUCAGCGAGACAUGGAGGGCUAUUACAGUCUUCUGCAGGCUGGCACUGAGCUGGAGAACACACUGCAGCAAGUGUCGAUUCCUGUGAGUUUGAAAGAGGUGGCCGGCUAUAUUGAGAAGCAGGUGGCUUAUUUAUCAGGGGGCCGGGGCGAGGACUCUAGUGUCAUCAUUACUCUCCCGGAAUGCUCGGAAUUCAGUGACAUCCCAGAGGAAGCUCUCGCUAAAGUCCUUACAUAUCUCACGCUGAUUCCACGAGCACGGCAACCUGGAGUAAAGUUUAUCAUCAUUUUGGACCGAAGACUGGAUACCUGGAAUUCCAUCAAAACAGCACUUACUAGGAUAGCAGUGUCUUUUCCAGGAAACCUUCACCUGGUACUGGUACUGAGACCAACCAGCUUCUUCCAGCGCACAUUCACGGACCUCGUCUUCCGAUUUAGCCAAGAGGAUUUUAUGCUCAAGUUACCUGUUUUGAUGCUGAGUUCGGUCACUGACUUACUGCGCUACAUUGAUGAGAAGCAACUUACUUCUGAAUUUGGAGGCACUCUGGACUACUGCCACAGCGACUGGAUCUUCCUCAGAACUGCUAUAGAGACUUUCGCCGUGACUGUGAAGGACGUUGCUCAGAUGUUACAGGCAUUUGGCACCGAGUUUGCAGAGAUGGAAUUGUCACAGGAGAGCAAUGCCAUUGAGUUGCUGCUGCUGUCACACACUGAGAAGUACAGGAGACUGAAGGAUGCUAUCAGCUCAGUGAUGAAGGAGGGACGCUACCUGCUCACCAGCCUGGAGGUUUCUGGAAAGGAGGAGAAUAAAGAUACACACUGGGAUGUAACACAGGACUGGGACACAGUGCAGAGACUGCUGGCCCAGCUGAGAGAUAUGGAGAUGGCUUUUGAUGAUUUUUUUGACAAGCACCACCUCAAACUUCAGCAGUACCUGCAGUUGCUGAGAUAUGAGCACAGCUUUCAAGAGAUGGAGAGUUCUUUGGAGAAGUUGAGUUCUCAGGAGAGGAAGCUCAUUGUUACAGGAGAAACACUGGCACAGACAGAGCAGAUCAUCAAAGAACUCGAUAUUCUGGAGAAAAGGGCUCAGGAGGAAAUGACUCGAGCCCAGGUGAUGAUAUUGCAUGGACACCAGUUGGCUGCGGGUCAUCAUUAUGCCACGCCUCUGAUCGUACAGCGCUGUAAUGAGCUCAGACACCACUGUGACACACUCAACUCUGCCAUCAGUGCUAAAUGCAAAACACUCAUACAAGUGCAGGCCUUACUGCAACACCUAGAGGAGGCCAAGAAGUGGUGUGAUGAUGGCACAUUCCUUCUGGCCAAUCAGCAGUUAGACAAAUUUCACUGUAAAGAAGGCGCUCAGGCAGCUCUGAGUGAUUUAGAGAAGUUCCAGGAGGGGGCACCAGCGCUCCUUAAUGCUGGGCCAGACUUACUCUUUUUGGAAUAUGAGGGUGUUCUCACUCCUCAGCUGCAGGCUAAUAUAGAGAAGACAUUUGAGAAGUACGCCUCUGUACAGAAUCUAUUUCAGACUAGACAGAUGUGCCUAAAGAAACUAGCAGACAAACAUGUGAGGCCAGUACAGCUGGUAGCACCACGACCUGAGAAUCCAUCACGUUUAAAGUCCCCGGUUUUUUCCCCAAAACAUGAUCUUAAUUCAAGUAUAAAGUUCACCUUUGACUUCUCAAGCAAAAGAGCAACGCGUAAAAGCCCAAAUGCCAGGAAGAUUGAGGUGUUGCACGACUAUCAGAACGGCAACCCUCUGUCCUAUGUUGUGGAUGGUGAGGAAGGAGCAGAUCUGCUGAAACAUCGUGUAAUGAGGGAGCUGAUCGAUACAGAAAGAAUAUAUGUAGAAGAGCUUCUGACUGUGUUGCUGGGUUACAGGGCAGAAAUGGACAACCCCUCCCUUUCUUCUCUCCUGCCCACCAGUCUGCGCAACAAGAGAGAUAUUCUGUUUGGAAACCUGCCUGAUAUCUACAAUUUUCACAGCAGAGUAUUCCUGCAAGACCUGGAGAGCUGUUUGGACACGCCUGAGUCUGUGGGAGCAUGUUUUUUAGAGCGGAAAGAGAACUUCCAGGUGUAUGAAUGUUACUGUCAGAAUAAACCGCGAUCAGAGUCCUUAUGGAAGCAGUUUUCGGACUGUGCAUUUUUCCGGGAGUGCCAAAAGAAGCUGGAGCACAAGCUUGCUCUGGAUUCAUACCUGCUGAAACCAGUUCAGCGUCUUACCAAAUACCAACUCUUACUAAAGGAGUUGCUGAAAAACAGCUCAGGUGGUGAGAGGGCCUCUGAGUUGCAGGGUGCACUAACUGCAAUGCUGGACUUGCUCAAAUCAGUUAAUGAUUCUAUGCACCAGAUUGCCAUCACAGGAUAUGAGGGUGAUCUGGGUGAUUUGGGCCGGGUCCAAAUGCAAGGGUCCUUCAAUGUGUGGAUCAGUCAUAAGAGAGGCGCAACUCGGAUGAAGGAGCUUGCACGAUUCAAACCUAUGCAGAGGCACCUGUUCCUUUAUGAGCGUGCACUCCUCUUCUGUAAGCGACGGGAGGAUCACAGCGAGCACGCUAAUAAGACGCCUUCUUACGGCUUCAAGCAUUGUCUAAAGAUGAGUGCAGUGGGCAUAACCGAGAAUGUGAAAGGAGGAGAUGUGAAGAAGUUUGAGAUCUGGUAUAGUGGUCGAGAGGAGGUAUACAUGGUGCAGGCACCGACAGUGGAAGUGAAACUUGCCUGGUUGAAAGCAAUCAGAAAAAUUCUAACCAACCAGCAAAAACUAAUCAAAGGUGAGCUUCACAACAACCCUUUGGCUGAGCAGUUUCCCCUGUCCCCGCCGCUCUCUGAAAGCAAGAAGCAAAGAGCGUCAGUCAGCUCGGAGGAGACAGAGUCAGGCCACAGCAGUCCAGACCCAUAUAGGCGAUCUCCACAGCACCGGGACAACAGACACAGUUGGCCAGGUGCCCCUCACUCAGUUGAUAUCUGUGAGGAUCUGGAGGACUGGAGUGGAGCUAAUCUCUCUAACAUGUCUGAUACUGAAGAAGACGACGCUGUUCAUUUGGCUCCCGGCAAAUACAAGGCCGUAGCAGGUUCUCACAGAUCCAGUCCAAAUGAUCUCAUCAUUAAGUGCGGUGACGUUCUUCAGCUGCAGCAGGAGGAGAAUGAGGGUCACUGGUUGGUGAGGAACCUGAGCAAGAAACAGAAGGACAGGCUGUCUGCUUCAGGCCUGCAUGGCAUUCUGGGAAGCUGCAGCAGAGGGCGCACCACCCAGCUGCAAGAACCAGGAAAACUAAAAUCAUGGAAGCUCAGCUCCCUCUAGACUCCAUGCUGUCAGCCUUUUGGGAUGUUCACCCUCAUGUCCAAUGUGAGCUUUAUUCACGACACUCGAACGCAAUGGCUGUGGGCUCUGUAGCCCAACCAUUUUUUCCCCCUGGAAUUUUUUAUUUAUUUUUUUUUUUUCCAACAAUUUGGAACUAAUACAUACAGAAUUUAGUUUUCUGCAUCCAUCAAAAAUCUUAAAAAUGUCUUUGAUAUAAGUAAGUGUAAUGUGUUUCACAAGUUUCUGGAUUCUUUUCGCAAAACGAAUGAAGAGAGCAUAAGGGCAAUCCACUUAAUUAAAAGGUCUAUAUAAUUAUCCCAAAUCAGUUGACCACGAUGGAGGAUGCAACUUCUUCCCGUUGAAGUGUAUUGUUUUUAAUUUGGUUGUUCUGUGGAUUGAAGAGCCCCACGGACGCUCUAUACUAACACAUUGUGACUGGACUUGAGGCUUGACAGAUUUGCUCUGGCAGUGGACUAAGCACUGUGCAGGACCAUUUUUACCAUUUUUGCUGAUUUUUACCAUGGUCUGAAUAUAGUAACAUGCCAUCCAUUAAUUCUACAAUCUUAAACGUGUAUGAAUUCCAAGAUCCAACUUCCAAGAUUGGACACAAGGACCAGCAGCUUGUUUGGUACUCUACUGCUACCACUACAGUACCAGCAUUUCAGUAAGACUCAAGUCAAAGGCUUUUUCAUUUUCUUCUUCUUUUUCAUCUAAAAUCAAGGUUAAAUGUCUCUAAAGGACAUACACAUGCACAAGAAGCAUUUUUCUAGUUGUAGAAAACCAAAGGUGUGGCUGAUCUUGCUUAGCUUUGAACAAACUUUAAAUAUGAUGUUAACAAAUAAUUGUGUCUAUAUGGAACUAUAUAAUAUGACCAUUCAUCAGCACAAAAAUGGAUUUGAGGUGCUGAUUUUAGUUCAUUUGGACUACAUAGUUAAUUCGUUUUUUGCUAAAUACCCAUCUCCAGACCUUCAGAGCUUAAAGGACAAAUAACAAGUCAUUGCACAAUGCAUCAUUUCAUUAACAUGCUUUGUGCAGUAACUGUAGCUUUUCAGUUUAAAAGGACUUGAAACACACCAAAAGUCACAGAACCUAAAUACUGGGGUUAAAAAAGUCAUACUUAAAAGGUAUUUGGGAGAGAGUUGGUUCAUUAUUAACACAAGUAUCAUGAAGAUCCUUAAUUAAGUCAUGAAGGCUGGAGAUUGACGUCCAAGUUGACAUAAAACAUGCACACUUUUUUUUUUAUUUAAUACAUCUCGGCUUCCUAUUAGAGACGGUUCUACCGCAGACAUGAAAUGUGCCUACUGGGCUCAGCGCAUAAUUAAAUAUUGAUUGUGGACUUAUAUGAAUUUACCACAUCAAAUCAAGCCCCCAGUUGGAGGGCUGUCUUUGAUAUGCUGGCGUUUGAAGUGGAAAUGAGUUUGGUGAAGCAGCAGGACCAACUCUAAAGUGCACAUUUCUUUACGGUGCUAAUUUAUUUAUUUUGCUCUCAAGUUCUUACUUUAUAGCUCAGAAUGCUAUGCCAGCCCCCUGAAAUCUGUAAGAUCUUUGUGAAAUGGACAUUGCACACAAUAAUUUCCAGUUGAAUGUGCCUAAAGAGCUUUAAAUGAUGUAAAUGAAUGUAUUAAUUUGGAGUAUGCAAUAUACUGUAAAUGUAAACGAUAGCACUUAUAGAACAUUUUUAUACGGACUACUGUAAGAAAUAUACAUGUUUAAAUAAA